CAUCUAAAUGGAGGAUAUAAAAAAUCGGACCUUUAGUAUAAGCUAAAAAAAUUUCAAAAAAAUUUAAAAAAAAUUAAGAAAAUUAAUAAAAAUUAAUAAAAUUAAAAUAUUUAAUAAAAGAUAAGAAGACAAAAAAAAUUGUGGAAAGUUCAAAAUAAAAUAUAAAAAAACAUGAAAUAAUAUCAAACAAUUUUUAAAUCAGUUUAAGUGUAAAAAAAAUUAAUAAAAAAAAUUAGUAAAUAAUUUUAUUAAACAAAAUUAAAUAAUAAAUAAUAAUGUAAAUAAUUUUAUUUAAAAUAAUAAAUAAUAAGUUUAAAAAGUUUAACAAAAAUUAAAACACAACAAAUUAUAGUGGAAAGUUCUAUGUUAUAUGAAAUUGGAAACAAAAUUUAGCAAAUAUUAGAUUAUUUAAAUUUUAUAUUAUAUUAUAAUAUUUUGAUUUGAAAACGAGUUUAAGGUUAAAAACAACUCAAGAGUAGAGACACAAAUAAAAUUAUUAAAAAAAAACUAUUGGUCUCUAUAAUAAGUAGUGUAAUAAACCAUACAUAAUACCAUAAAUAAAUACAAGUUGUAUAAAAAAUUAAAUUAAACAAAAAAUCAAAUACAAACAAAUAUGAAAAUGUUAAGUCGAAAACUCUAAAAAAUUUCAAUGACAAAACAAAAACACUAAAUGAUGAAGUUAAAAAUGUGAAUAUGAACAUACAAACUAUUAAAAAAUUUAUUCUAAUUAAUUAAAAAUAUGUGUACGUACUUUUUCAAAAAAACAAACAAAAAACAAAGUUCAAAGGAAAAUAAAUUAAAGUAACUACUGCACUGUCUUAACUAAUUGACACUAAACUUCUGAAAUUAUUAUGUAAAAAAAAAAACAAAUUAAUUACAAAUCUUCAAUAGGGGGUGUGCGUGUGUGUGUCAAAUUCGGUGCGUUAUGAUCGUUAAUAUGUCAGCAACUCCUAGUGGUCACUUGCCGAAUUCGUUGCCGGCAAAUUCCGCGUCCACGAAUUGCCUCGACGGCAGCUCACCGACGCAUUGUGAAUAUAAUUUUCUAAAACGAAAAUUUGACAGCGAAUGUGACUUAAGCGACUGCAGCGCCAACGUCAGUGUCCCGGAAUGCCACACUGCUGACUAUCACAACUCCAUGCCGAGCACAACGCCGGCCUGGAAGAAGCGUCACCUAGAAGAAACCGCCAGCGAUAUAAACGAUGCAAAUGCCUGUUACAAUAACAACGCCACCAACAACUACAACAUCUACAAUCAGCACACACACAACGAGACGCAGUUGCUUUUAGAUGCCAUACAAACCGAUGAAAAUGUACAGAAUGAAAUUUGUGUCAGCACCAGUGCAACAAACAACAACAAUACUACAAUUAACAACAACAAUAAUAAUGAUAAAAUUAUUAACAAUAAUAAUACUAAUAACAACAAUAGCAAUAUUACAUUCAAUCUGAUAACCGGCAGCAGUUCUUUCAUUAACGAUCUCUUCGCCUACGAUGCCAAUUUGAUUGUGCCAGUUACCGCUAGUUUGGUGAACCAACCCACCAACGGCAGUCCGGAUUCAAUAUUGCCUACCUUUGUUACACCAUCUAAUAAUGUUUGCGUGAAUACCAGCUAUGAUGAUGGUAGCAAUUGGCAAGCCACAGAUUUGCUAGAACUCGAUCACCGUUAUAAUUCUGGUUUGCAAACCGAAAUUGCACACCUGCAUCCGACGGUCGCAUUGAAGGCUGCCGAGGAGAGCACACUCAGCGUUGUACAGCAAAAUCAAGAGCAUUCCCAUCCACUACAACAGCAACAGCAAAUGGAGGUGCCCAAUCCAUCACAGUUUCUAGUCCCUGAGAAGCAAGUGUCAAGUCCAAACGGAAACACGGGCCUUAGCAGAUACCGUUCGUUAUCUACAGGUGGUCAGCUUAUACAAACGCAACCGAAUCAACAAACAACUCUUGCACAAUCAACAACGCUAACAGAUACAGAAGCUGACUUUGAGGACAGAAAUCUCUCUUGGUUAUUAAAUUUUAAAUUCGACGAAUUUCCUCACCUUUCGCCAGAUUUGGGUGGCAAUAGCAAUAACAAUUCGCACACGAAUGCUUUAAAUAGCGGUUCACAUCACCGGAAUUCGUGCUCGCCUACAUCUUCCCACAAAUCGAAUUCCUGCUCUCCACAAUCCUCAACUCCAUACUCAGGUAUUCAACAAAACGUUAACGACUACAUGCGUUCGCCAAAGGGCACUACGAAGGCGGGUAAAAAAUUCGAAGAGCUUGUUAUGGAAGUCACAGCCGAGGUGGAUGGCAACGAUAUGAUGAUCGCGGAAAAUGUUAUAGUCGAGAACUCGCCACAGAGAACGCCAAAGAAACCACCAUUCACGUAUACGGAGCUCAUUGAAUACGCCCUCGAGGAUAAGGGUGAACUAACGGUUUCUGGAAUAUAUCAAUGGAUAUCUGAUCGGUUCCCAUACUAUAAAUCGAACGAUGAUCGUUGGAAAAACUCAGUACGACAUAACCUCUCCAUCAAUCCACAUUUCCGCAAAGGACUCAAAGCACCGCAGGGAGCCGGACACUUAUGGACAAUCUCAAGUGGAGAUUCAGCAGAGAAUGUGCUGGCUUGGGAACACAAGAAGCAACGACUGGAUCUCUUCUUCAAAAUGGAGUCGAUGAAUCGUGAACGCCUGCAGCAGCAUCAACAGCAAAUGCAGCAACGUCAGAGCUGCACUUCGCCGCAUCCAGAUUGCCAACAACAACAACGAAAACAGCAGCAACAACAACAACAAGCAUGCAUCUACGAUGAGGCAGAAGUGGCAGCCGCCACAAUAGCACGAGAAAUGCUGAGCAACAGCAGCGACGAAGGCUGUGCGCAAAAUUGCAACAACUCCAACGACAACAACACUCACAGGCUUGAGAGUAAUCAUUUGGUGCACGAGUUGCCAUUCAACGAUCUGAUGAGCGAUGAGGAGCUACGCAAGACAGCCGGUCAAAUAUUGAACGGUAUUCACCGCGAAGUGGAGGUGCAAUCGGUGAACUCUAUCAUCAGUACCUACCACGAUGUGCUGCUGGACAAUGAAGAUUACCUUAAUCCCAUACACAAGGAUGUCGCCGUGCACGAAAGUGGUCUGCGCAGCACGAACGCCACACAUCUGGCGUCCAGCUCAUACAUACAUUCGCACAACACAACGAACUCUCAGUAUUAUGUCACCGAAAUCGAUCCACUGGAAUUGGGCAUACAAAUGUCACAUCAAGUGGGUGCCGAGGAGGUGCUCUUCAGCGAUGAGUUCAAUUUGAAUUACUUUGGCUAUAAUGGCGCCAAUGAUAUUGUUGCCUGACCGCCAGCGGUAAACAGAGCUGAUGGAGCUUCGGAUGCUUCAGCGCCGCUCAUCAAUGUGACCGCCGUGGCCGGACGUGUAAGUUCGAUCGCGGCUUUAGGAGCUGGCACGCACACACAACUGCUGCGACCGAGGUCGAUUGAGCAAGCUUACAGUCAACCAAAGCAAUAACCGGUGUAGACGUGUAUUAGUAAUAUUAGUAGUAUUUAGUAUAUGUGUAUGUCAAAGAGGUCUAACAAUCAUUUCUAGUCAUUAAAUGUGGGCGAUAUUAGUCUAUUUGAUGGUUACGCCCACAAUUAACCAAAGACACAUCUAGCAAUUUUUUAGAAAUUAAUCAAGUAGAUAAGUAUAUAUUUAGUUGUAUUAAAGUCUUUUUAAGUGUAUGUGCGUACUUAAGCUCCCAGACGGUAAUUCAUCUUGAUUGGAGCCUAUAACAUCUUUCGAGCUUCUUCAUUAAGAGGCGUUCCUGCUUGAUUACAUUCUAGAAAAAUUAGGUUGCGAUGUUUUGUUCAUCGGAAAUUUUUCGAACGCAAUUAAAAAGUCGGUAUUACCGAUGUUGGAGGGUUAAUAGAUAUGAGACUUUCAGAACAACAUGCCACCCAUUGUCAUACUCGACACUGUUAUUGUCAGUGAGUGCACAUAGUUGGAAAGCUUGGAAACAGUAUAGGGAUCUCAGGUCAUUUUAUCCCUCAGAAAAUAUUAGAGCAAUACAGUUUUAACUGUAUUUACUAAAGAACUAUAAACAUUAUGGUUUAGUACGGGUCGCCCGAGGAAAGCUCCUUGUUAUUAAGGAGAUUUGCUGUAAGCCAGGUUGAGCCGGGUACGCAUUAGCUCACAUACACGAUCAAAUUUCUUUUCUAAUACAUAAAAACUUAAGUCCAUAGUCAAGAUAUAAUGAACACUAAAUUUAAAUUUAAAUAAACUCUCAAUAAAUGAACAAGUUAAAA